AUGCUCUUGAGCACGUUUGCUGUGCUGCUGUCACCAGCCUUGCUGUGGGUGACAGACGUUGCAGCCUCUCCAGCACCCAAAGCUGCACCUCUUCCGCAGUACGGCUACCCAACAGAUCCUUGUGCCCUGAAGGGUUACGAUCAGAAAUGUUGCACCGUGCUCGAUGGAUAUGGAAUUGAGUCCAAACACUUGUGUGACGGGGACGAAAAUUGUUGUGGUCAAGGAUGCUGUCCAGAAUCAUGGUCAUGCAACAAAGGAAAAUGCGAACGCCCAGAGAGCUCAACCACCCUGAAUGUACCACCCUGUUAUGGUUGCUCAUCGACAACAUCUUCGAGCACCAAUGAGGUCACGGACACUACGUACACGUUUACCGGCCCGUCCACGACUAAUGGGACAACUGCGCCGCCUCCAACAUCAUCCGAAAGCACCGCUUCAUCUUCGACUACUCUCAGUAGUACAGAAGAGAGUUCGGGCCCGUCGACAGGUAGCAGCACCACUACAGUGCCGUCAUCUCCAGGGGAGACAAGCAGCUCGUCAUCUACAGGUUCCUCUGGUGGUUCAGAGACACAAACCUCCUCCACUGGCACCGGCAGCACGCCUCCCUCUUCCUCAACGUCUGAGACUCUACUGCCAACGAACUCAGAUGGCCAAACCAUAAUCACCAGAUCUGGGGAUACAUUCACAAUCCCGACCGGUUUGAGUACUCCAGUCGUUAUCACAUCGGGCAGCCAAACUUUAACGUUUACCCCAUCGCCAUCGCAGUCCAACGACAAUCCUGGAAGCAGUACAACGUCUGACGUUUCCACAACAUCAAGUACUACCAAUCUGCCUUCAACCAAUUCCAAUGGCCAGACGGUCGUAACGAGCUCGGGAAAUACUUUUACGAUCCCAACUGGGAUAACCGCUCCUACUGUCAUAACCUCUGGGGAUCAGACUUUUACCUUCACUCCUUCGUCGUCUUCGGGCGACUCUUCGUUGCCCCCUCAACCCCCUCCCUCUACGAAUUCGAAUGGGCAAACUAUCAUUACGAGCUCAGGCGCAACUUUCACCAUCCCGACUGGCAUAUCAACGCCUACCACGAUCACUUCGAACGACCAAACCUUGACGUUCAUACCCUCGCCUUCGACCACUUCUUCGACGGAAGGCACACUCAGCGGGACGACAUUUGUCAACUCAAAUUCUCAAACGGUCAUUUCAAACACGGAUGGAGUUGUCACCCUACCCACGGGCAUCACAACACCUCUCACUACGACCGCAGGCGAUCAAACCUUUACAUUCAUACCGUCCGGCUUUUCCUCAUUCCCGAGUAGCACGAGCUCUCCCACUUCCGGCACUACAGAUACUACUGCUCCUCCACCAUCUGUCUCCGCUACAACCAAUUCUGACGGUGAGACUAUAAUCUCCGACACAAGCGGAGUGUUCACAAUACCGACUGGGAUUUCGACCCCAGUUACCUUGACGAACUCUGACGGCCAGAUAACCACGUUCACUCCAGGACCCAUCACAUCGCCUCCCUCAUCAACCACUUCGAGCUCAUCAACUGCAGCAGGCUUCAUUAUUCCGAUUACCACGCCGGUAGACCAGCCUCAACCAACUGAUGACGGUACAAUCAUCCCCUGUACGCUGUGGUUCUUCAACAUCUGUCUUCGAUGGGAUGACUUCAACAUCUUCGGCUGGCAAAUCGUGCUACCUCCAGGUAUCAGGCCUCCUGGCCCUCCACCGCCCAUCUCAAUCGACCCAUCGGCUUCCUUUAGGAUUGAAAUCACAGGCACGUUACCGGACUGGCCAGAGCUGACUAUUGGUCCUGAUCAUCUCCCAACCUACACACCCACAUCAAGCCCGACAUCCUGCGAGACGCAGACUGCUGAACUGUGUGCAACUCGAACCUCGUACGGAGUUUCCAACUCUGGAGGCGUGACAGUCACUACCACAAGUCAGGUCUUAUCUACCUGUGCUACAAUUGCUGGUUGCAAUGCCCAGGAUGCCAGUACUAUAGAAACCACCACUGGAGGCUGCACAUCUGCGACGACUGCUACGAACAUCUGGCUCUCUUGCCCUGGCACAGCUUCAACAUCGUGCUCGACCACCAGCACAGCAGUGACAUCUGGAUGUUCCGUGACUCCCACUACCGUGACUUGCGGCCUUCUCACGCCUACUGGCGUCAUCGACGACCCAGCUUGCAGCGCUCCAACUGGCACAUACGUGAUCUAUCCAGAAAAUGGCGCUGACACAUCAUCUGUCGGAGCAAUCAAUACUCAACUUCAGACCUACGUCGAUGAUCCAUCCGAGAUUUACACCUCUAACGCUGAGGACCUUGGUGUACUUUUCUGGCGCCUGGACAUCACCGAGACCCAGGCGAACGAGAUGCGUGAAUUCGCUGGUGUCGCUUCCGUCAAUCUCUUCCUCCCAUGCGACCAACAAUGCGAUGAUCCCACUUCUGCAAUCGUCUAUCAGAACGCGGUCGAGCAGCUGCAGUUCGUUUCUUGGCCAGAAUCGAGAGGUAUUGAUAUUGGUGCUCUCAACGGCAGGUACUACUUCGAUGAAAGCAAUGGCGAAGGGAUCCGGGUCUACAUUGUUGACACUGGAGUUAAUCGCAACCACCCUGAACUCACACGAGCCAGCAGUCGCAUUCGCUUCCUCCAUGUAGGUAGAGAUCUCGACCUGCAGCCUGGAGACUCGCAACCGCAAGAUGAUUCUCAGACCGAUGCUGCCGGGACCAAUCCUUUUGGUGGUGCCCACGGUACCACCAUGCUCAGCUUGGUAGCUGGUGACACUGUCGGCGUUGCCAAGUCAGCAGAUCUCAUCGCCGUUCGAAUGCCGCGCCGAGCACCCCUCGGCGGUGGCUUCACGGCCGAAGACUUUCUAGAAGGCCUGGAGCAAGUCAGUCGCGACCUUGAAGACAGCAGUUCUACUACACGAGCAGUUGUCCUACUGGCGCAUCACUACCUUCUGGAGAGAUUCAUUCGAAGAGAACCCGGUGGGGCACCAGUGCAGCCCGUCACUUACGACUACCAAGGCUGGGAGGGGAACUUGAUACGUUUGCUGAACAACCUGAUCAGCAAAGGAGCGUUGAUCGUAACAGGCUCUGGCAACAACGGUAAUCAGGUCAUAGAAGGCUGGCCGGCGAGGCUAGGCAAACCGUCGUAUCCCGGCUACAUCUCGUCUCUGCUAGUUGCAGGUGCACUCUCGACCAAUGGUCAGGAGUGGUGGGACAGAACAAACAACGAACUUGCAGAAGGUCUUCCCAAUAUCUGCGCUCCUGGAUUGGACGUCAAGGCAGCUGAUGGCAAUGAAGCCCACUGGUCCACAUAUGACCCCGUGCGGUCAUGGAGCGAGGAUGAGUUGGACUACAAACAGUCCAGAGGUACCUCUGACGCUGCGGCCAUGACGGCAGGACUGGGAGCGUACUUCUUGCAACUCGCCGAGCUCGGCCAACUGUUCAACGAUGACCUGACUCCUGUCGAUACGUCGCCAGAUGGACUGAAGACCUUCAUGAUUAACUCGGCAUGGUCCCGAAUCGCACGAUACUCGCGUGGUACGGGUGAUGACACUGGAAUUGUCUGCCCAGGUAUUUGGAACACCGCGAAUCUGGCACAGAACAUUUGUCCGUGGAAUCCAAACCCUCCAGCAGCUCUUUUGGCCCGUCAAGAAGGCGACACCUGCGAGAUCCCAUUGCCGAGCAGCAGCAGUUCAUCAUCCAGCACAGCGAGCUCGACGACUGAACCCCCAUCAACCACACCACCACUACCCACACUCACAGGAACCACCGGCAUCUCAACCCCCUCAGGCAGCUCCUGCUCCGUGACAACCACAUCCGAACAAUGCAACGGCUCCGGCGGCCAAUCCGUCUGCAUCGACAUCACAACCUGCGCCUCCUGGGUCGCAAGCUCAACCUCGCGACCCCCGCCCUCAACCACAUCCACCUCCUCCGAACCCCCCGCAACACCCACCACACCCCUCGAAAUCGGCGACUGGGGCUGCUGGGACGAAGCCGACUUCGAAGACCACCCCGACAUCGACCCGGACGCCCAGGAAGACUACAUCGACCAAGUCUUCCGCACCACGGUCGACUUAGGAUUGCUGCUCGGCCCGGGCGACGACGACUGGCACACGGAGAUCACGUCCAACAUCUUCACGGGGCAGGGGUACUACUACGGCGUGCGGUGGAUCGAGGGGUGCGUGACGAGCGUGGACGAGCAGAAUGUGCAGUACCCCUUGGGCGACGAUGGGGUGUACUGCAAGGAGAUUUGGAGGCGCUGCUAUACGCAGUGUACGGGCAAUGGAGGCGUGGGCGGGUGGGUAAAUGUGGGGUGUUUGCAGUAUUGGUUUGAGCCGACUUACUGA